UUUGCCAUGACUUUAGAUCUAUGUUUUUCUGUAAUUAAUUAGAAUAAUUCAUAUCUACAGUUUCUACGGUCCAAUUGUGAUGUAAAUUUUAUGAUGGACUAAUUAUUGUAUGAUUGUACUAUAGUAAAAAUUUCAUACUCAUUACAAUAAUUAGCUCACCAUAAAAAACUUCAUCACAAUUGAUAAGUAGAAAGCUAUGAAUUAUUCCAAUUAAUUACAGAAGCAUAGAUCUAAAACUACAACAAAAAUUUUAAACUAAAACAUACCAUAUUAUAUGUUCACUUGUAGAUCUAAUCAUAUCAAGUCCAAAAAAAAGUUUUUUUUCCAUUUUUUAUGUGAUUACUAUGAGUUUUUCAAAGAUUCAACUAAAAUAAAUAAAAAAGAAAAAUAUAAAACCGUCUUAAAAACUGCUUCUGCUUAUAACAGGGCUAGAGAGGUAAGAUGAACGGUCUUAAAAGUUAAGGGGGGUGUUUUUCCCGGUUUUAGAGUUCAGUAAGGAAAAGCGAACUUUUGCGAAAGUUGAAAGAGUUCAGUAAGGAAAAACUCGUACUAAGCUUGUACACGUCUUGAAAUACCCUCGCCACGGCUCACCCCUCCGCCGCCACAAAUCCGAUAACCACCACGUCGCCAUCAUCGCGCCACCACGCACAGUCGACAUGGAUCCCGACGCCGAGGUCACGUUCGAGUUCGCCCCCGUGAUCCGGCAGUACAAGAGCGGCCGCGUGGAGCGCCUGCUCCCCGUCAACCCGGUCCCGCCCUCCGUCGACGCCGCCACCGGGGUCGCCUCCAAGGACGUCACCCUCGACCCGGCCACGGGCCUGUGGGCGCGCCUCUACCUCCCAGUAUCCGCGCGCCACCCCGGCGGCGACAGCGACAGGCGUCGACGUCGUCUCCCCAUCGUGCUCUACUUCCACGGCGGGGGGCUAGUGGUCGGGUCCGCGGCCGACGCGCCCGAGCACGCCUUCAUGAACCGCCUCGCGGCGCGCGCCGGCGCGCUCGCCGUGUCCGUGGAGUACCGCCUGGCGCCCGAGCACCCCGUCCCCGCCUGCUACGACGACGCCUGGGCCGCGCUCCGGCUGGUGGUGACGCCGGCGCCGGCGGCCGACCCGUGGGUCCGCGACCACGGCGACGUGGCGCGCGUGUUCGUGCUCGGGUUCAGCGCCGGCGCCAACCUCGCGCACAACCUCACCCUCCGCGCCGGCUCCGAGCCGGACGUCCUCCCCCGCGGCGCCCGGGUGCUGGGGAUGGCGCUGCUGCACCCGUUCUUCCUGUCUCCGCCGCCCCCGGCGGCGGCGGCGGGGGACGAGGUAGCGAACUACGCGUGGGUGCGCGCCAAGCUAGCGGAGAUGUGGGAGUUCGCGUGCGGCGAGGGGCGGACGGCGGCGGGGCCCGACGACCCGCGCGUGAACCCGCUCGCGGACGGCGCGCCCAGCCUGAGGCGCCUCGGGUGCGGCCGUGUCCUGGUGUGCCUCGCGGACGACGCGCUGGUCGCCGAGGGCAAGGCCUACUACGAAGCGCUGCUGGCGAGCGGGUGGGACGCGGCGGACGCCGAGCUGCUGGACUCCGCGCCCGCCGACCACGAGUUCCACCUCCGCGAGCCCGACAGCGACAAGGCGGUGCUCCUCAUGGACCGCCUGGUUGCGCGCAUCACCGGGAGCUAGUCAAGUAGGAGCAGUAGGCCAGUAGUAGAACCGCACUCACGCGCGUCACCGGUCACCGGACCUGGCGCAAGAGCGUACGUGUGCUUGUGUGCUGAGUGCUGUACUGGCAUUGACUGAACAAUAAUGUGAUGUAGCAUGUACUUACAUGCUUAACAUGUACUAUCUACACCAUCCAAAAGUGUUUCAAGAUUCGUGUAUUUUUACUCUCCUACUGCUA